AUGGGCCUGUUCAAUGGGGUGGGGGCGGCGCGUUUGUGCGCGUUUGGUGCCGAGAUCACAUGCAAGGUGGGAGGGGGUGUGGCGAGCACAAGCGUGACCAAAAACCCCCGGCUGAUUCGCAAUUCUCCUACACCGCUCACGCGCUCACUCUCCUUCACGCUCACGCGCCCUCGCACUCACGCGCUCUCGCGCCCAUGCGCCCACGCGCUCACACGCUUACGGGCUCUAGCGCUCAAGCCCCCUCACGCCCACGUGCCCUCGCGCUCACGUGCCCUCGCGCUCACGCGCCCUCGCGCUCUCGCGCUCACCCGCUCUCGUGCCCACGUGCUCUCUCGCUCACGUGCCCUCGCGCUCUCGCGCUCACGCGCCCUUGCGCUCACGUGCCCUCGCGCUCUCGCGCUCACGCGCUCACCUGCUCUCGUGCCCACGCGCUCUCUCGCUCACGCGCUCUCGCGCCCUCGCGCUCUCGCUCUCACGCGCCCAUGCGCUCACGCGCUCGAGCGCUCACGCACCCACGCGCUCUCGCACUCACGUGCCCUCGAGCUCACGCACCCUCGCGCUCACGCGCCUACAUGCCCACGCGCACUCGCGCUGUCGCGCUCACGCGCCCGCGCGCUCUUGCGCUCACGCGCCCGCGCGCUCACGCGCCCUCGCGCCCUCGCGCUCAUGCGCCCUCGCGCUCACGCGCUCAUGCGCUCACGCGCUCACGUGCCCACGUGCUCUCACGCCCUCGCACUCACGUGCCCUCGCGCUCUAUCUCUCAUGCGCCCACGCGCCCUCGCGCUCUCGUGCUCACGGGCUCUCACGCCCUCGUGCUCACGCGCUUUCGCGCUCUCAGGCCCUCGCGCUCUCGCGCUCUCACGCUCACGCGCUCACCUGCUCUCGUGCUCAUGCGCCCUCGCGCUCACGCACUCUCGUGCUCACGCGCCCUCGUGCCCACGCGUCCUCACACUCUCGCGCUCACGCACCCUCACGCUCUCGUGCUCACGCGCUCUCGUGCCCGCGCGCUCACGCGCCCUCGCGCUCUCGCGCUCACGCCCUUGCGCUCUCACGCUCACGCGCUCACGUGCUCUCGCGCUCACGCGCUCUCGCGCUCACACGCCCUCGCGCUCACGUGCCCUCGCACUCUCGCGCUCACGCGCUCUCGUGCCCUCCCACUCUCGCGCUCUCGCGCUCACGCGUUCACGUGCUCUCGCGCUCACGCGCCCUCGCGCUCUCGCGCCCUUGCGCUCUCGCGCCCUCGCGCUCUCGCGCCCUUGCGCUCUCGCGCCCUCACGCUCUCGCGCUCUUGCGCCCUCGCGCUCACGUGCUUACGCGCUCUCGCGCCCUCGCGCUCACGCGCUCACGCGCUCUCGCGCCCUCGCUCUCAUGCGCUCUUGCGCUCGCGCUCCCACGCACUCUCACUCUCACGCGCUCUUGCGCUCACGCGCCCACGUGCUCUCGCGCUCACGCACCCAUGCGCUCUCGCGCUCACGCGCCCACGCGCUUUCGCGCUCACGUGCUGUCACGCACUCACGCUGUCGAGCAUUCGCGCACUCGUGA